GACUUGGACGCUUUGUGGUACGCCAGAAUAUCUCGCUCCUGAAAUUAUACAGAGUAAGGGUCACAGUAAGGCAGUUGAUUGGUGGUCCCUAGGAAUUCUCAUUUUUGAAAUGAUUGUUGGGUUUCCACCAUUUUUUGAUGAUCAACCAUUUGGCAUUUAUGAAAAAAUUCUAUCAGGAAAAAUUGACUGGCCAAGACAUUUAGACCCAGUAGUAAAAGAUCUCAUAAAGAAAUUGCUGGUUCCCGACAGAACUAAACGGCUGGGAAACAUGAAGAAUGGUGCUGAAGAUGUGAAGAAACAUAAAUGGUUCAAGUCAAUAGAGUGGGAAGACGUCCUGGCACGAAAACUUACUCCUCCCAUUACACCGGAGGUUCUCUAUGCAGGAGAUAUAUCUAAUUAUAGCAAUUGUGCACCUCCGAUCAUUCCAAAGGUUGCACACGAAGGUGACACGAAGAAUUUCGACACUUAUCCCGAAGAUGAAUGGCAGAAGACAGCAGCAGCUGGUGAAAAAGAUAUUGCGCUCUUUGUUGAUUUCUGAUUGGCUGGUAAAAAAAUAGUGGAUUUCUGAUUGGCUGCUGAAAAUCUGUGAUAUAUAUAUAUAUUAUUGUUAAAUCCAUAAAAACUGUUUUCCAGUAUUGAAAUGUUUGGAAAUCGAAAGAGUUGGACACUGUUACCAAAGUUACUCUAAAAAGUGAUCAUUGCUUUAUUGUUUUGUAAAGUGCAGUAGUUUCUAUUUUUUAGAUAUUCUAUUUUUAGAAAUUCUAUUUUUAGAAGUUCGUAAUAGAAUAUGACACAAGCAAUUUAAAAAUCACAGAGGAAAUCCAAAAGUUUUAUGAUAAAGUUUAACAUUGCAAUAGAAUAGAAUCAGGGACAAAAUUGAUGUCAACAACAUAUGAUUAGCAAUAUGCUUCUUACAGGUAGCUAGGAUAUAAUAUAAUGGAACAAUCAACUGCCAACUAGCGGACCUUUGUUGGCCUUUAACAGCAAAUAAGCGUAGUGUUUGAAUGUCGUUCUUAUAAAAAAUUACAUAGAUAAAUGAAGACAAUUUAAAUACAAAAAGAUGGUAAUUUUUUUUGGCCAGUUGGCUUAUAUGAUUUCUCUAAAUAGAUUUAUUUUCAAAAUUUGUCCUUUUUCUAUCUUUUUAAUUUUCAUUGAAUUUGGAUUAGAAAAUAAGGUAGAAAAGGAAGUUUUUUAGUCUUUUAUAGACUAUUUUGAGAAAUUUUAGUUCACAAUGUAGUCUUUUACUGGUUUCAAGACUGGAGAGUACCGGUAUCUAUUUUGAGCAAGGGAGGUAAUUAUAGGAAUAGGUCAAAGAAAAGUACAGGGUAUAUAUUAAUGUACAUAAUCUUCAAAUCAGUUGCCAAAUUUUUUGCAGAAUUGUUAUCAUACUUGAGAGCAUGUUUUGUUGUUUUCUGAUAAAAUCUGAUAAAAUGGUAUUGAAAUAUAAAAGGCUGAGAAAUAUUUUCUUUUAAAUUCUGUGACUUGCAUGUGUUGUUUCUUUUGUUUGUUAAAAGGAUUAUCAUUGGUCAAAUUUAUGACAGAAAGGGGUACCAGAUAAAUGAUAUAAACAUCUGAUAUAAAUGUUUCAUAUAUUUUUAUUUUAUCGGAAAAAAAAAAGCAAAGCAGGCUAUAUACAUUAUCGCAUUUAUUUUCAAAUGCACAUUAUAUUUUGUUUAUUGCAUUUAUAUGUAUGUAAUGUUAAUAUAUAAAUUUGAGCAUGUAUCUAUUUAUGUUAUUAUUAUGAAGAAAUUCUUAUUUUUGUAUCUCAUGGUUUUUGAGAUUUUUUUUUUGCAUUAUUUCAUAAGUGUCUGACAUUUUUUUUUAUAGCUAAUGUGUUUUAUUGUUGCAGAUUUUGAAUGUUAGUUAUAGCUCUAGAAGUUUAUGUGUAUAUAUCUUACAAAUGUAUUUUAGCUCUUGUGAAAGUCACCUUUAUAAAAAUAUGUUAAACCUAGUAUCAUAAUGAUGGAAGUUAAGAUCUGUGUAAAAUUAAAAUAGAAGAGCACAAAGUACAUGUACAUGAAUUGUUUUAUUUUUACUGGGUUCAGCUUGUGUACAAAUUUCAUAUUCCAAAAUAAUCCGCAAUAUUUGUCAUAUAAGCAUACAGUACACCUAAAAUCAAACAAAGCUGGUAUAAUUUACACCCAUGUACAUUCACAUAGUCAUUUUGUUAUACUCAGUUGGCUAAAUGUCAUGCUGGCUGUUACAUUUUACUCCCUUGUUUUGUAUUUUGAACAAUUAAGAUUACAGAUUAUUUUUGCUAUAGAUAAGGAUAUAAAUAUUCACCUUUAUUACAUGAUAUCACUUGUUUUCUGAUCAUGAUUAAAAUAUGUCUUAUUAAGAAUUCCUGUUAAAGAAAAGAGACAAAAAAGAAUGUAAAAUAUGAUGAAAAAUGAUUGUGUAAAAAAUAUAAACACACAACUUUGUUUUUUACAUGUAUAUAUAGUUGAUGACUGUAGAAAAAGUUGAGUAGCAAUAUUACAUAUAUUGUCCUGUUUUAAUGUCCUACACAUUUCUUUUAUCCGUCCAGGGUCCAAGGUUAUAAUACUUGAAACCGGGUACCAGUUUCAAACCCUGAUUUCUGAUUGGCUUAUUCAAGGCAUUGAUUUAAAAUCAACCAAUCAUAGAGUUUGAAUAUGUACUCUUGGACCCAUUACGUUUUGGUAGUUUCUUGUUGUAACCAGAAUUCUAUUUUUUAUAACAUUUUGUUUAUCAUAUUUAGGGGAUUUUAUGUAUGAUUUUCACAGAUCUGACUUUAUAUUGUAAAUCUGAAUUACAAUUUGCAAAGAUAAAAAAUACUCAAGAAUGGAAGCUGUGUAAAAAUGUUUUGAUUUGGAUAUAUGCUCUAGCCUCCAUAAAACUUCUCAUUUUUGUAAUUUUAUGCCAUUUUUUUGUUGUUGGGUAAUAAUUUUAGCCUUUAUUAAUUUUAUUCAUAUUUUGUUUUGAAUUCACAGGCAUGCAAUAAAGUUACUGAUAUUUUGGCAAUAUUUCAUUUAAUAUAUCACUUGUCAACAGCAAUACUGGUGCCUCUUUUAUAAAUGGCAAAUUUUGGGCAUGUUUGAUUAAGGUUACAGUCUUCAUAUCACUUUCUUCUCUGACAUCACAAAUGUUGGUUUGAAUCUAGGCAGCUUAUGGAUGGUUACUGCUAGUAAUUGUGUAGAGUGGUGGUCUAGUGGUUAAGGUGUCUACCUCUCAACCCAGAGACCAUGGGUUCAAGCUUACUCGGGUCACGACCAUGUUUCUUCAUAUGACACCAUUACUGGUUGGUUCCAGGAAGCGGACUUAAAAGUGAUUAAUAUAAGUUGCAAGAACUAAUUUCACAAUCGAGCUUAAAUAAAUAUGUUUCAACUAAUCAGGUACCACUUAUACAUUAAUAAUCAAUUCAGUGGUACCCAAGGUUUUCCACCAACAGUAUAGCUCGAAAGUCACUUCAGUUUCAGCUCGCAGUUUCAGUGUUAUUUUGAAAUUAAAAAAAGGUAAUAGAUUUAUAAAAAACAAAUUCCCAUUCUGUCAGUUGGAACAGAAUUUUCUCAAAAAGUGUUCCAAGAUUUGUAAAAAGCUUUUUAUUUAGCAGUAACGAGAAAAUAAAAGAUCUAAGUAAUGAAAUCUUCAUAGAUCUGAUAUUAUGAAAAUAUUUUUCAACAUUUUAUCACAGGCUUUUGUUUUGAUUUACAUAUACAUGUAUUUAAAGAUUUUUAAGUGUAUCGCAUAUCAUGUAUUACAGCACUUAGAAAAAAACAAAAUGCACCAGUAGUCUUUUUAACUAGCACAUAAGUUUUUUUCUUAACCUGCUGAAUUUUUGUCAUGAAUUUGCCUUGCUUUGGAUUUAAAUCUAAAGUUAAGUCAGUCAAUCAACAAUUUA